UGUUGUGUUUUACUGUUGUGUGUUACUGUUGUGCGUUACUGUUGUGCGUUACUGUUGUGCGUUGUGGCGGCUUGUCUCGAGUGGGGUCUCUUGUGUUUCAAUUUGCCACGUCGUGGCCACUUAGCUGAAAUAAAGAAGUGACCAAGUCGCUGAGAUUAAUAAUAAAUAAUCAUGCACGAGUGGAGGAAUGAAGUUGACUCGAAUGAUAUCCUGAUUUCUAAUCUGAGUAACAAAUUAAGAUUUAACCGGUUUUCAAUCAUAGCAAGAAGACUGUCUCAGCCCGGUCCUCGAUUUGAUUUUUCGCUUAAAUGUGUGAAUUCCAGAACUGAACACAAGGCACAAUAAGGGUGCUCCUCAAGCUGGUGUUGGAGAGAAGCAGUACGGUUGAACGCCUGGACAGAUCUGCAGCUGCAAUGAAGCUGAAAAGAAACGUAGCGACACUGCUUUUAGGACUGCUGCUGUUGCUGUUGUCCGUCGGGUUCACCAUAUACCAUGAGGAAGUUAUUGAGAGGAUCGAGGCACUCACCAUGGUGCAACGGAGCCGCGUGACACUCAAUGCCUCUGCCACCGAGAGGGCGACGGGUUCCGCGGAAACAACAAGUGCAGCGACGACGGCGGCGGCGGAAAAAAUCACGGAUUUCUCCUUCGUGACAGCCGCAAACAACAGCGUUGUCGCUGUUGUAAAUCCCCAAGCGACGUACAGCAUCGGGAGCACGGUGAACGUGGUGGUGCAGAUGCACGAUGCCGCCAACAGAAGGAAGCGCUCCGGGGGCGACUUCAUCCUGGCCAGGAUGUACAACGAGCGGCUGCGCGCCGCCUCUGCGGGCGAGGUGGCGGACCACGGGGACGGCUCCUACGGCGUGGCUCUGCGCCUGCUGUGGGCCGGGGACAGCAAGCUGAGCCUCACGCUCGUGCACCCCGCUGAGGCGGUCGCGGUGCUGGACAGGGUCAGGGAGACAAUCCCCAACAAAAUCGUCUUCCUGGGCACGUUCGUCUCCGGCAAAGUGAAGAAAGUCACCAACUGCAACGUCCACCUCCGCACGGAUAAAGAGGUGUGCGAUUUGACCGACCCGGCAACCGGAGAGCCGUGGAGUUGUGAAAAGCCGGCGAAUAUGUCUUGCUCGGCACUGCAGAAUUUUAGGUCUUACAACAGACAAAGAAGUUACGUCUCGAAGCAAGAAGAGGCACUCUUUGCAAGGGGUCGACUAUAUGUGCCAUUAAAUGUAAAUUACACAGUGACAACUCACCCGCCGAACAACACGGCAGAACAGAAGUUGCCGCCCUGCACAGCGGGACUGGGUAAUCCCAGCCCCAGCGGAUUCUUCUGGAACGGUGCGUGGAACUCGAGCUACUGUGCCAUGCGGCGCUUUGACACUCCACAGCAAGUGACCGAGUGCCUGAAGGAGAAGCAUAUCUACUUCCUCGGCGACUCCACCAUCCGCCAGUGGUGGGAAUACCUCGUUAGUUUCACCAAAGGUUUCAAAUAUUUUGACGUUCACAAACAUGGCAAACAGCAGCCAAAAAUCGCUUUUGAUGAUAAAAAUAAAAUUAUCCUGCAGUGGAACUGCCACGGAUACCCAUUCAUAACACAGUCUCUAACCUUCUCGAGAGACGUGCAAUACAUCGCGAAGCAGCUGGACGACAUAACUGGAGGCAAGAACACCGUAAUCGGACUGUCUCUUGGAGCCCACUUCACAGCUUUCCCUCUGGCGGUGUUCGAGAGAAGGAUGAGGAACAUCGCUGCCUCAGUGGAGAAGCUGCUGAGCCAGAGUCCAGACACUAAAGUCAUCGUGAAGCUGGCCAACACGAGAGAUGUUGGCACCGUGCAGUUAUUUAAUAACUGGAACACGUACAGGCUUGUACAAAUUACACUCGAUGUGUUCAAACAUCUAAAUGUGGCAUUUGUCGACGCGUGGGAAAUGACGGCUGUUGUCAACUCCCUCAGCAUACACCCCACGACAGGCAUUGUAAAAGAACAGUUGAAUGUGUUCUUAUCAUUUGUUUGUUAGUUUUUACGUGGCUCGCUUAAGUCAUACCACUAUUCAACUGAACUAUUACACGUUUGAACAUC